AUCAUUGAGUUGGAUAUACAUUUCACUAUAUGACGGAAACAAUCCACUUGAGUCCCUUUGCAUGAAAUUGAAAAGAUGUAAAAUAUUGCCUGUCUUGUUUCGUGUCGUGCUGAAUGGAUUAUAGAAGAACUCCUCUUGCAUGUCAACACGCGAGUUUAAGAAGCGAAAACAAAACCGGCGCGAAUACGCAUUAUUAUUUCGCAACAUUUUGGGAUGAAUUCUUCUGUUUGUGUGUCCAGGAAGCAGCACAUAAGCCUUGCAGACGCCAGUACGAUUCUCUUUAAACUACGUGAUAACAUAUUCCGUGAGUUUGAUAAGGAAUACGAGAAGAAAUCUGGAUUUCCCACUCAUUUUCCCGCGAAGGAGUUUCGUGAGCUGGAGAUCAUCUACGGGAACAGCGUGCAGAAGGCCAUAGAUAUCCUGAAGGAAAAGCGUGUGCAGCGUUGCACUGAAUGUCCUGGUGAAUUCCAGCAGUUCAAGAUUAAGGGCGGCCAGGGAAACUUUUAUCACUUAGCCGAGAAUUCCCUGAUCUGUCGCUGUCCAGCAUUCAAGCGGCUGUUCUACGCCAACGCGACACACUUUCAGUGCAAGCAUAUCCUGGCCAUUCAGUUGAUGAAGUACUUCGACAGCAGUUUUACGCCAUCGGCUAAGAAGAAAUAUUGAUCAUUGUGGCCACGAUGUCUAAGCCACAGGAGGAGGACAUUGUCUUCGGCGCCACGCUGAGUCAUGUGAAGCUUCUGAGGCAGAUUCUGAAGGCCCUGACAACUGCUGAUGACACAAAGGACGUGAUCUUCGGUGUGGAGAAAGACGGCGUCAGAAUGACUGUCGAGGACGGAUUGUGUCUUCAGGCGUCUUUCUACAUCCCUCGCGAGUGGUUCACACAAUUCUUUUUGAAACCAAGUGCCGAAAGUACUCCGAUAAGCUUCGCCCUGAAUCUCAACACCCUGUCAGGAUGUCUGCGGAUGACUCCAGACGACGAGUGCACGGUCGUGAUGAUCUACUGCGGCGAUGCCUUUCCAGUCACGCUCGCCUUCAAUGGCCACGACGGAAAUAUCUCCAUUGAAGCUGAGCUGAAGACAAAGAUCUUCGGCGAGACGCUGAACUUUCACAAGCACUCCAUACCCAUGGAUUACAAUCGCGUCCUGAUGGGCGGGAGCAACUUCUCACUCCUCUUUAGCGAGAUCGACGUCGCUUCUGAGGAAGUGGAGAUUCUGCUGAGUCCGAAAGAGCCCUUCUUCCUGCUGCGCGCCACAGGAAAAGUUGAAGCUGAAGCCACAGUCCAAUUGGCCAAGACAAGCAAUCACAUCAUCAGCUUCAACUGCACGCGCGACGUGCAAGCAAAGUAUCGCACUUCGCACAUCAGAUUCGCCUCCAAAUGCCUGGCUUUCGCCCACACAGGCGCCCUCACGCUGUACACAACAGGACUGCUCAGCAUCGAGAUCCUGAUCGGCCGCAACGUGCCUGAAAACACCAUGAGGAGCAUGAGGAGGAACAAUCAGACCACCGUCAACAAUCCAGACGAUUCUUACGGCGUGCUCAAGUACUUCAUCACGUCUCUGACUGAGGAUACGGACAGAUAAACGCAACUUUUUCAUCUCAUCAUUCUUGUUAUUAUUUUGAAAAAUAGGAAUUCUUAUCAGAACACAAAAGUUGCAAACAAAGUCUGUCAUCGCUUUUUAUUGUAGUUGGGAAAGGAAGUUGGUUUUCUCCUAACUUAAAUCUUUUCUCUUUGUACCAGAGUUGUUGUUUUUUCAAUAAAAAUCCUGAAGAUGCGCAAUUCGUAAUGUGAAGUCCUCAACUUUAUACAAUAUCUUUUAGGAGGAAGUGAAAUCAUAGCUUAAAAUAAUCAUUUUCACUUUGAAUAUCCUUACAAACUACAUAAAGACCAUUUUUUUCAAUUAAAAGCAUAUAUAAAUUGGAUAGGUUGAAUAUCAAGAUAUAAACUCUGCAAAUCAUAAUGCUACAAAUAUUGCACAACCGACUAUUAUAUUAUUUGUUAUAAUGUCAUAUUUAUACAUAGUGUGUGCAUGGGUGUAGCCAAAAUAAGGCGAACAGGCGCGACUGUCCUCGGCAAGGCUGAACAUUUCAUCCCUCAUCCACUUAAACUGCAUACAAAUUUCUUAGAGUAUUUAUCUUUUUGAAAAGAAAUUUAAUUGCUUGGAAUAUGAAGAGUCAAAAUCCCCAGGAAAGUUGUAUGAUGGAACUCAAGCCGGAUGAAUCUAGUCAGAACGAAGAAAAAUGGGAAUUUUCCACCAACGAACAAAACAAAAAUUGCUCAGAAUCUUGUUU